AUGGCAGCAACACAACCCCAACGCCAAAACCAAGAACCAGACCAAGAAGAACGAGGAGUCGUAGGAGAAGAAGAGGAAGAAGAAGGGCAGCAGGGGAAGCUUCUGCUGCCGGCCACUCUUUCUUCCUACCUGGGCGGAGGAGCAGCUCCGGCAGAUGCGCUCGAGGCGGAAGGAGACUCCAAGGCCAACGCCCGGGUGGUGGAGAUCUUCGCGAGCCACCGCCAGGCGUGGCAGGCUGAGGAGCGGCGCCUGGCCCAGCGGCUGGACUCUGCAGCCGAGGAGAUCGAGCGGCUGCUCUCCCGCGUGGCGGAGCUGGAGCAGGCCGAGGCCGAGUCGAGGGCCCGGGCCGAGGAGCUCGAGAGGGAGAGGGAGGAGAUUGCGGUGAUGGGUUUCGCCGGCAACGGGGCUAGGAUUCCGGAGGAAGAGGAAGAGGAAGGGGAAGGGGGUGAAGAAGGGGAGAGGAGUUGUUAUGAUGUGGAUGAUGGGUUGGGAGAAGUGGGAGGGAUUGAGUUUGAACAGAUUCAUCAGUUUCUGCUCCAUCAGAGGCAGGUUGGGAGUGGGCUGAGCUCUUCUGAUGAGUUCUUGGGGCCAUCUGCUGCUUCCAAGUUCUGGUCUGAUAGGCCUAAUCAUCCAUGGCAGGAUGUACACUGCGAAUCUCUUGAACCAAUGUACCAGACGAAACAUUUUGUUGCAAGAAGGGAGUCUCCUUGGAAAGUUGAUGGUGACUCGACUGGUGUCUCUUCUAAGCUAAAGCUACUCGAGCAGGAGCUAAUAAACUUGGAAAAGGUCGGCAAGGGUGACCUCACGAAGGUGCCUUCACUAAUGAGGAAGCAGGCUAAGAGGUAUCAAGCCUUAGCAGGGAAAAUCGACGAUCUAUGCAGAAGGAUGCAAGCAAGUGAUCCCUGCGAGCCCAACUUGAGCUCAGAGUUCCGAACUCAGAGACAGACUGAGUUCCUUCUAGAAGCUUUCCGGCUACAGCAGCGAGCAUCUGAAACAGGACUAAAGCUGAUGGCAUUACAUACCGAAGUUGGGAAGAGCUAUUACAGAGAAGACCAGGGCAGUGAGGCCAAAGUGACCACAAGACAGUCCAUGGACUCGAUCAGAAACAACCUCAAGGAGAUUCAGAGGAACUUGGAGAUUUGGCUGGCCCGAAUAAUCGGAGAUCUCGAAGGGAUCUUGGCCAGAGACGGAGCAUCCCGUGUGAGAGAAUAUUAUAUUUCUCGGUACCCUUUCGUUCAGUAGGUUAGAUCUCUCAGCUGGUGCUUGAUCUCUACUGACUGACCGCCGAAUGUAUCCUCUUUUGCAACUAUGUAUAUCCAUGGAAUGGAAGGCGUAGAUUUUGUUUUUGUUGGCUUCUGUUUGAUCUACCUCUCUUCAAAUUGUAAUUAUGUCACUCAGCAUUGCGGCAUUUAACUGAUUAAGAUUGGAAAUCUACUACGAUAAGUUGCGUUACGGUA